CCAAAGCAGCAUUUAUACGUUGUCUUUUCAGCGAUUUCACACGAAAAAAGCUGUUUGCCUGAUUUAAAGAUGUUGAACCAAAUCAUAAGAUCUACACUUUACUUACCAAAAUAACGUGUGCCACCGGGGGUCACGUGGUACAUGGGGACCAGCCAAUCAAACGCAGACUUUAAGAGGCCACCUGUUCGUGUCAAUGAGUUUGGCGCUAUUUUAACUGAACGUCAAACAAUCAAAUUCAAAGGGAGUUUAAAGUAGAAGAAGGCAAAUUAAGUGAAACCUUAUCGUCCUAUGUAAUGGCAAUACUAAUAACAAACAGCAGCGGAUUUCAUAAUCCUAUUUUAUUCAAGCUGUCUACGUCUAUUUAACAUAAUCAUGGAUUGGAUUUGUUUUUACUUCUUUCAUGUUUAAAUGACAAAUUCCUUGGCCAAAUCAGCCAGCGCUCGGCCAUAUACCGUACAUCAACGUUUUGCUUGGACAGCAUUUAAGCCCAUUAAUACCUGGCUGCACAACCGUUAUUUUGUUUCUGGCAGACGGUAAUGGUAAAGAAAAGUGAACACUUCGCUCUCUUGGUGUCCUACCUAGGAUUGACCUUGUUGAUAGUGUCACUCGAGGGAACGCCAAAUAUAUCACCUGGCUCACAUCUAAGUGCAACCGAAUAUUAUAGAUACCUCAAUCAACAAAGAGCAAUACACACUCGGGGGCUUGUAAGUCGUUCUCGUGAAUUUUCCGUUUUACGGAACAUUAAAAAGUUGGAUUCUUUGAAGAGAAAUAAGCGACGGAUAUUCUGGAGGGAUGAUAGGAAGAAAAACGACUACUCGUCAUAUACUCUUGGAACUUUCUCUUCUUCUUUUAAGUCGAAUACGAAGUCAAUUUCGUUGAAAAGAAAAAGGCGGCAAAUAUUUGGUAGGGAUGAUAGAAAGGAAAUCGAUGAAUUGUCGUCUACACGGGAACCUUUCGUCUCGUCGGUAAAAUUGUGGUCGGACGUAAUGCAGUGCAGUGGGACGCUGAUUGGACCUUGUCACGUGAUCACGGCUGCUCAUUGUAUCCACAAUGGAAAGUGGUUCGUGUCACCGCUGACCGCAAUUCUCGUGGGCGUGUCGAACACAUCAAGCACAGACGAUCUUGACUAUUUUGCUGUCGAGGGGAUCUACCUGCCGCCCGAAUGGCUUUCUGGGAAGGACUUCAGUCAUGAGCACGAUUACGCGCUCCUAAAACUCACCGAAGCUACAAACAUACCAUAUAUGGACAUAAAACCGCUGAGGCUCCAAACGGGUACUCAGGUGAGAAUGGCAAGCUUUCCUUCAGACAAAAAAUACGGCACGAAAUGGUUCACAAAGUGUAAAAUUCUUGGAGACCUUGGCGAAGGGAUGUUUAAGCACUAUUGUGACGCUGUUGUGGGAAGUUCCGGCGCAGGCAUGUAUGUCAGCGGUAGAUUAGCGCAUGCGCGUAAGCCUGUGCUAGUCGGGAUAUUGGUGAGCUUUUGGGAGCUCAUGAAAGGGAAGCGACCAGUGACGGGUGCUAAUACAGCAGUCAGGAUUACACCAUUUCUCCAGCAACGAGUCAAUAGGUUUAGGGACGUGUUUAACAAGUGUUGACUGCCUGGGUAUUUUAUCUAUACCACAGGUAGCCCAAAUCUAGCCUCCUCCGUAGGCAUGUUUUUUCCAAUAUCUGGGUUUUCUGUGGCGAGAGAACACAGGAGUCCCAAGCAUGUUGUUAAAAUAAGAGACGCCUGUGGACACUAGCUCAAACCGUUAAACGAAAUACCAAAGGAAAAUUCUUAGAUUUCAGAAUUUCUAUUCCAAAGAAAUUUGAAAUGUGGAAAGAUAUGUCGUAAAAUGUUAGUAACGACUUCAGAUAACGUCACUAUCUAAUUUACUUUGCAAUGACUAUUUGACAAAUUUUAAGUGUGUUUUUUUAAAUAAAGUUUGUUAAAAGAAA